AUGACUGGAACUCAGGCCUUUGGUAGCCCGGAUGGUGAUGAAUAUUCCACAGAUAGCGUAGAUCUUCACGGCGAGAUUGAUCGACUUAGCGUAAUGCUCAGCGCUACCGAACUUCAUUCUAUGGACUGGGUAGAGACAAUCACCUGCGCACCUAAGGCUAUUGGCAUCAUCGGCGAGUGCCUUGUAAUGAGCUCGCACCAACGUGCAGCUUCUAUUGAGCUGACAGACAGUCGACUGAAGGCCCCAUCGCUUCCAGCCAAUCUACGACAAUGUGCCAUCACUGGCAAAGGCGCCUUCGAUGAAGCUGCUUCAAGGAUGAGAAACAUAUCAUCACAAGCUCUGAUACUAGCAAGGGACGGCUCAGGCGUGAUUGACCGCAUUACCAAAUUCGCCUGUAAGGACCAGACACCUGUUGUUGCACGAGAAUUGGAAAAGCAGAAGGCCAAUCUGAAGAGGGUUGUCGUUCAAUGCACCCAAGAUGCGGAAGCCCUUCAAGGAGCAUUCCAGCGAUGGAACGAGGAGACGCGAAUUCUGCUCGAAGCGUUGAAUAUCAAGGAAGACCAAGUCCACAAGAAAGUAGAAGUAGCAGCAACAAGGCUCAUUAACACGGAGUUGGACCUUGAAAGGCUAAAAACGGAGUUGGGUUAUGAUGGGAUGAACUUGGCAGAAAUCCAAGACCGCCUCCUUGAGCGAACGGAGGUAAGUCAGGCCACUUCUGCGGUGGGCACCCCAGCCGUUAUGGCGGGACUUUUACUCCAAUCUUUGGGUGCCUCAAUUGGCGGCCCUCUGAUACUUGGAGCCUCUUUGGCGAUCUGGGGAACGACCAUUUUCGCUGCAUCCACACAAAUGGAUCGUGAUGCCCAAUUUAAGGCACUUCAAACAAAGUCCCUCAAAGCGCAAACAUUAGAUCAACAGAUUCAGAAACUCGGCUCUGCCUCUUGCACCUUGAAAGAAAUGAAGGAAAUAGUGAGCAAAGCUGUCCGUCAGAUCCUUGAUUUACAAUUCCAAGUUGGGACACUACUGGACUUUUUCAAAGCUAUUUUCAAGCGAGUCGAAUCUAUGGAUCAGUUUGAAACAAUGGAACUUGAGCGACUCGUCACGGACCAAGGCUACAAAGAGGACGAGGAUAUAAAGAUGAUCAUGGUUCAAACAGCUCUUGACUUGAAAGUAUCUUUCACUUUCGUGGGUCGCUUGGCAGAGAUGUACUCAAAAGUCUCUAUCAAGUAUUUGCUACCUGGCAUGCAGACAGUUCAAAUGCUAGGGCUUUCUGACGACUCAGUAACUACUGCUCAGCUGGAAUGGAAGGCAAGAGAGCUAGCUGCAUUCAAAACCGAUUCGGUAGAGAAUGUUCGCAGACUGACGAUGGAACAACAAGAGCAGCUUGAUCUGGAUUUGGCAAGGCUCAUUAAAUAG